UUGCACCAUACUACACCAGAGGAUAGACACCACAGAUGGUUCCUGACCAUCACCCAGGAACAACUGCACAACUGUGGGAAGACAUCCAGUCCCUUCACAGCAUUGCUCAACACAGAGAAGGUUGGGCAGUGAAAUCAUCAUAUGGAAAUCAGUUGGGUCAGGGGAGCUUUGACGUAUAAUCAAAUCUGAAACUGGUCCAUGGUGUGGAGCCUUCCAUCAGAACCAACCUUCCUGAUUCAGCUGUGGAUGAUCGGUCAGGAAGAAGUGUGAAUGGGCUCCAAGUGUGGUGAGAGCUUCAGUCAUUCAUGGAGUCUCAUGAAGCAUUGACUCAUUCCUACAGGUGAGAGGCUUUUCAAGUGUGAGAAAGGCUCAGAAAAUUUUGUUGCAUGCAAAGUGCAUCUGGUGAUUGCCAUAAUACAAAAGACAACUACAUGGAAGAGAAACCCUUCAAGUGUGACAUGUGUGAUCGCGCUUUCAGACAGUCAUCAGCAUUUGUGAAUCACCGACGCAUCCACACUGGAGAGAAACCAUUCAAGUGUGAGGAAUGUAACAAGAGCUUUGCACGGUCAUCAGGUCUGGUCAAUCAUCGGCCUGUUCACACAGGGAAGAAACCAUUCAUGUGCAAGGUGUGUAACAAAUCAUUUUCCUGGUCGUCAGAUCUUCGCACACACCAGCGCACUCACACAGGGGAGAAACCUUUCACGUGCGAAGUGUGUGACAAAUCAUUCUCACAAUCCGGGAACCUCCGUACGCACCAACGCAUUCACACUGGGGAGAAACUGUUCAUCUGUGAGGUAUGUGAAAAAUCAUUCUCUCAGUUAGGGAACCUCCGUACGCAUCAACGCAUUCACACAGGGGAGAAACCAUUCUCAUGCGAGGUGUGUGACAAAUCAUUCUCAUAUUCAUCAGCCCUCCAUGUUCACCAACGCAUUCACACAGGGGAGAAGCCGUUUAUGUGUGAUGUGUGCGACAAAUCAUUCUCACAGUCAUCAAAGCUUCAUGCUCACCACCAAAUUCACACAGGGGAGAAACCAUUCAAGUGUGAGGUGUGUGACAAAUCAUUCUCCGAUUCAUCAAGCCUCCUGCUCCAUCAGAUGAUUCACACUGGAGAGAAACCAUUCACAUGUGAGGUGUGUGACAAAUCAUUCUCACAGCUAGGGAACCUCCGCAGACACCAACGUAUUCACACAGGGGAGAAAGCAUUUAUGUGUAAGAUGUGUAACAAAUCAUUCUCUGACUCUUCAACUCUCCUGCUCCAUCACAGCAUUCACACUGGGGAGAAACCAUUCACAUGCGAGGUGUGUGAUAAAUCAUUCUCACAGUUGGGAAAUCUCCGUAGACACCAACGCAUACACACAGGGGAGAAUCCAUUCAUAUGUAAUGCAUAUAUCAAAUCAUUCUCACUGUCAAUGCUUCUUCACAGACAUGAACACAUUCGUACAGGGGAGAAACUGUUUAAGUGUGAGGUGUGUGCAAAAUCAUUCUCUGACUCAUCGAGCCUUCUGCUCCACCAAAGGAUUCACACAGGGGAAAAACCUUUCACAUGUGAAGUGUGUGAUAAAUCAUUCUCACAGUUGGGGAACCUCCGCAGGCACCAACGUAUUCAUACAGGAGAGAAACUGUUCACAUGUGAGCUAUGUGACAAAUCAUUUGCCGCCUCCUCAAGCCUCCUGCUCCAUCACAGUAUUCACACUGGGGAGAAACCAUUCAGGUGCAACAUGUGUGACAGAUCAUUCUCACAGCUGGGGAAUCUCCACAGACACCAGCGCAUCCACACAGGAGAGAAAGUGUUUACAUGCGACAUAUGUGACAAAUCAUUCUCUGAGUUAUCAAAGUUCUGUGCUCAUCAACACAAUCACACAUAAAAAUUCUUUCACUAGUGAUAUGUGUGACUGAACAUUCCUGUGGUCACAGAACUUCCUGCUCUCUCACAGGAUUUACAUGGGUAGAAUCCAUUAAGUGAGGUUAUGACAAAUUAUUCUCAGUGUCAUUCAAAAUCGCCAGCAUAUUCAUAAAAACGAGGAACCAUUCACAAGUAAUGAGUGAAUUCUCGGAUUCAUCAUACCUACACAGACACCAGUGUAUUCAAACGGGGAAAACUGUUCAGAUGUGACAUGUGCAACGAAUCAUUCUCAUUGUCAGAUAUCCACAAACGCCGCUGCUUCAUACAGAGGAGAAAACAUUCCUGAGCCAUGUGCGCAAAAACACUUUGUUCCAAUCAUGGAACCUCCUCCUGCAUCAGAGGCAUUACUCAGGAGUUACCCAUCAAGUGUGAGGUUUGUGAUGAAUCCUUCACAAUGUCUUCAACCACCUGGAACACCACAGAGUUCACACAUGGGAGAAAUUCUUCAUAUGACAAGCUUGUGACCAGAUUUUCACACAAAUAGCAUAUCUCCCGGUGAAUCAAUGCACAGGGGAGAACCCCCACUUGUUGCGAGUUCUGUAAUAAAGCCUUCACACAUUUGCUGGAAUUCCUGGAACAUCAGUGAACCCAAAAGGGAAUUACCUAGCCAAGUUCUUGCCCAAUCUGUCUUCACGAAUGUGAAUCAGUACACAGUCUCACAGUGCAGGGUGUUCAGUGGGACUGGGAUACAGAACAAGAAGCAGCCUUUACUCCCAUCAAACAACUAGCGACAACAAAACCAGCGCUGACCAGAGCACAAUGUGAUUUCUUUUGGACUCCUUUGGGGAUGACUUUUGGAUUUUCAGAGGCUACUUUUUCAUUCUCAUUAACUCAUUUAUUGUGAUUGACUUAAGUAGUUACCUCGUGUAUUUGUGUUGACACAAAAGGUAUUUGGACUCAGAUGGAAGCAGUAUUAGAAGAAUUCUAAUUCUUCUAAUAAUUCUUCUAAGAAUAAUGCUUUAAUUUCAUCAAUGCUACCAUAUUCAAAUUGGCUCAAUAAGUAUAUGUUCUCAACAGAGCUUUUUCUCAGAAUAAUUGACAUAUACUGAUGACAUCUUAAACACACCUAUGUACAGUUAAUGUAUUUCCAUCACAUAUGCACAACAUCUGAAUACUUUAAUCGGGUAGUUAGUACCCUGUUUACUGCAUCUGAGACUUGAAUUUAAUAAUUGACAUUGUAUUCAUUGAACAAAUGCAGCCUUAAACUAGAGAUUCCACAUUCAUUUACAUGUAAUUCAUUAUCUCAGGUAUUCCAACUUCUUCUAAUUCUAGUUAACAGAGUGUUAUUCCGUCGAUAGGUUUUACACUUUAUUUUAUUAUUAUUUUAGGGAAAGUGUGCAUUGCCAGGCAGGCCAGAAUUUAAUGUCCUUCCCCUAUUCCCCUUGAGAAUGUGGCGGGGAACCACCUCUUGAACUGUUGUAGUCUAAUGGUGUAGGGAGCUCAUAGUUCUGCUUUCCCUUUGCAGUCUCACUGUCCCUUCCCUGCCUUUGCAGCCCGCUCCCUUCCCUGCAGUUGCAUCAUCCCUCCCCCUUUCUCCACUCAUGCAGCCUUCCUUUCCUUUCGCCACUCUUGUUAUCCCCCUCCCUUCCCCAUAUUUACAGCCCCCUCUCCAUUCCCCACUCUUGCAGCCUCCUUCUCCCUUGCAGAAUCCUUCUCUCCUCCCAGCACAUGUCCUUAUGAGUGAACCUGUCAGAAGCAAGCACAGGAUAGUUUAAGUUUUUGAUUGGAGGAGUAGCCUGUCCAUUGUGUGUUUGUGGGGCAGGAUUGGUUGCUUCAAUCAGGGAAUUUUCCUGGGAUAAUUUGAUGAUUUUUUGGGGCAGAACCAACAUGGCCCCUGUGUAUUUUGAACAUUUUUGUGUUAGUGAAGUGAGCCAGCUGUCAGGAGUGGGUAUGGGGUAGAAUCAGACGCUGCUUUAGUCAGGAAUAUGAAUUAUAGACAGAUCCUCUUCAGGUAAUGGGUGUUUGACUAAUACCAUUGGGAAUGUUUAUUCUGUACUGUCCUGUCUGGGAGGACCACUAUCCUGAGUAUGGGGAGGGCAUAGGGUUGAGUCUGUACAGACCUGAGCUUCCUCGAUCCAUCAUACAUCGCUGUAAUAAUGGUGUUAUGUUCACCUUACACGCCUCAAAAAUUCACUUUGUGUUCUGGGAACGAAUUUGAGUUACUUUUAAAUGAUUUGUUCUUUUAGCUGAUUCAAAGUUUGGUGUAAGCUCAACAUGGUGUCAUUUGUUGAUUUAUCAAACUUCUGAAUAGAUUUAUAGAUAACAAUAAAUUCAUUUUUAACAAACCAAACCACAUGAGUAGUCAGCAUGAUGUGUUCCUACUCACUGAAACACUGAGGAUCCUACAGUAAGGCUCCUGUAUACUGCAUAUUGGUCAAUGUCACUGUCGGUUGGGAUAUCUUCUCUGGCAAUGGGCUUAUAAUUAUCAGUUCACAGGAAACAGAAUGCUGAAAGAAAGACUCACAUCAACUUCCACAAACCUAGGGCAACAAAACACACUUCAUACCCAAUGAA